GGGCUGGAAAUGUAAGCCAAUGCUGUUCUCAUAUCUGUAGACGAAAGGCAUCAGCAGGCUGCCUUCUUAUAACCGUGUGUAACGGUAACACGGUAACGGUAACCGUUACUGUGUUCAAACAGCUGCAGUGGGUGCGUUUGAUUUUACACUCGUUCCGGGGCGGCGCUGUGCUCCUUACGCUUUCUGUCGGCGAAACACACACUGAGUGAUGCGAGACCUGCCGGCCGCCACCAUUCCUCACCCAUCCCGAAAAGGAGGGGACUUGAUCAGCAUAUGACAUUCUCCAGGUCAUUGCCUGGAGCAAACCGGAGAGCUGCUCUGCCUACCUACGGAUAUCAGAUCAAACCAGUAACAAUGCAUGGCCUGUAAGCAGUCAGUCAUGGCUCAUAGGAAGAGGCCGGGGACCAGCGGAGGAAACAGAAUGAGCGCUCCAGGGCCCCCCUCCUGCCCCACCCCUCACCCUACACAGUCAUGUGAUCUGAAAGCCCUCCCACCUCAGCAACGCCCAGUUCGCUACCCAAAAGAGUCAAGUGAGCCGAAAGCCCUCCCCCAAUCCUGCAAAGCACAAUAUUCUUCUCCAAAGUCUCAAGCCCUGAGUUGCAAACAUUCAGAAGUGGAUGCAAAUGCAGAUGUUGAAGUGAAGCUGUACAGCAACCAAGCAGAUGCAGGACCGGAGGUCCAGCGGCCAGCAACACCCUCCACACCAGAACAUGAACGUGAGCAGGAUUACCAUGGCCGGGCAGACUUCCACGGUGGAGCUGACAGCCUGGAUGACGACUCCAGCUCGGACUACAUUAACAACACCUCAGAUGAAGAGGAAGACUAUGACCAUGGGCUGGCAGAGGAAGAUGAAGGGGUAACUUAUUACAUCCGCUACUGCCCAGAGGAUGACAGCUACCUGGAAGGUAUGGAUUGCAGCAGCCAGGGAGACUGUAAACACAACCAAAGCCACAGUCAGGGGGGCUGUGUCACCAGCAUCCAGCCGGACGGAGCCCCCGCUGAUGAAUGUCAGCAGGCCGAGGAGAGAGAGGGAGUAGGCGAGGUGGAGGUGAGAGAGGAAGAAUGGGUGGAGGGAGAGGGGGCAGUGAGGGAAGAGUGGAUAGAAGACGAGGGAGAGGUAAGGGAAGAGUGGAGAGAGGGAGAUGAGGAAGUGACAGAGGAGUGCAAAGAAGGAGAAGAGGAGGCGACGGAGGAGUGGAUCGAGGGAGACGAGGAAGUGAGGGAGGAGUGGAAAGAGGGAGACGAGGAGGCGAGGGAGGAGUGGAGAGAGGGAGACGAGGAGGCGAGGGAGGAGUGGAGAGAGGGAGACGAGGAGGCGAGGGAGGAGUGGAGAGAGGGAGACGAGGAGGCGACUGAUGAGUGGAGAGAGGGAGACGAGGAGACGGAGGAGUGGAGAGAUGAAGGCCAGGCCAGGCAGGAGCAGUGGGUGGAACCUGAGAGGCCCAGGGGGGAGGAGUGGGCUGAGGGGGAGGGAGAGGUUCGCUGCGAGGUGGUGGAACAGGAUCCAGAUGAGCAGAUAUACAAUGGAAGACCAGAACCAAUCCUCGACCAUCACCCCCAUCUCCACCACCAACCCUGCAUGCAAGACACCCUGCACACCCGAGAGGAAGAGGGGGGGGCCGAGAGCGAGGAGUACUGCCACCAUGAGGAAGAAGAUGAGGAGGAUGAAGGUGACAAGAAGCAGAGACACGGAAGGGGCUACUACGCCCCAGAGGACAAUGGCAACUCAGUGCGAGUCUCUCCAUACUGUAGCCGCAAAGUGCUGGUGGUCGAGGGGGAGACGGGGGAGGAGGCGGAGGAGGACAUUGAUCAAAUUGUUGCAGAGAUCAAGAUGAGCAUGAGUAUGGGGAGUCUAAGCAGUGGCACUGACCAAAGCCCAGAGGAGUUGCUGCAGGACCCUGCACCAAGUGACUACUCUCACCCGAAGCCGGAUGCAGCCCCUUACCCACAAGCUCCCCAUCGCCAUGACAGCAGGCCCAAGUCCCUGAACCUGCCCUCCAUGCACCACAACACCCCGGACCUCAAGAGGGGCAUCAAGGCACAUGCACGCUCGCCCGAAGACAGGCAGAGAUGGACACAGGAGCAGGUGAGCAACAGCGCGGAGCAACCCAGGAAACAGCAGCGCUCCGACCUCAACGUUCCCCUGGAGAACAACAAUGUGCUAGAGCCAACAAAGAAGGUUGCAUCAUUCCCCAGCUUCGUUGACGUACCAGGACCCUGUGAGCCAGAAGACCUGAUUGAUGGAAUUAUCUUUGCUGCUAACUACCUGGGCUCCACACAGCUGCUGUCUGAGAGGAACCCCUCCAAGAACAUACGCAUGAUGCAGGCCCAGGAAGCUGUCAGCAGGGUCAAGAGGGUACAGAAGGCUGCCAAAAUCAAGAAAACGGUGGGUGCAGAGGGAGAUGCUCAAACCCUCACUGAGGUCGAUCUGUUCAUCUCCACCCAGAGGAUCAAAGUACUCAACGCAGACUCACAGGAAACAAUGAUGGACAACGCGCUGCGUACUAUUUCCUACAUCGCUGACAUUGGAAACAUCGUGGUGCUGAUGGCGAGACGCCGGAUGCCGCGCACGGCCUCCCAGGACUGCAUCGAAACUACGCCCGGGGCGCCCGAGGCCAAGAAGCAGUACAAGAUGAUAUGCCAUGUCUUUGAGUCGGAAGAUGCGCAGCUUAUCGCUCAGUCCAUCGGGCAGGCGUUCAGUGUAGCUUACCAGGAGUUCCUGAGAGCCAAUGGCAUUAACCCCGAGGAUCUGAGCCAGAAGGAGUACAGCGAUAUCAUCAACACCCAGGAAAUGUACAAUGACGACCUCAUUCACUUCUCCAACUCUGAAAACUGCAAAGAGCUGCAGCUGGAGAAGAGCAAAGGGGAGAUCCUGGGUGUGGUGAUUGUGGAGUCCGGCUGGGGCUCCAUUCUACCUACGGUCAUUUUAGCCAACAUGAUGAACGGAGGGCCAGCGGCUCGCUCUAGCAAGCUCAGCAUCGGAGACCAGAUAAUGUCCAUCAACAACACCAGCCUGGUGGGGCUGCCACUCGCCACCUGUCAAGGAAUCAUUAAGGGCUUGAAGAACCAGAUUCAGGUGAAAAUGAACAUUGUCAGCUGCCCUCCUGUCACCACCGUCCUCAUCAAGAGACCAGAUCUGAAGUAUCAGCUGGGCUUCAGUGUGCAGAACGGCAUCAUAUGCAGUCUGAUGCGAGGAGGCAUCGCUGAGCGAGGUGGGGUCCGCGUGGGUCACCGGAUCAUAGAGAUCAAUGGGCAGAGUGUGGUGGCCACUGCGCACGAGAAGAUUGUCCAGGCUCUCUCCAACUCCGUCGGCGAGAUUCACAUGAAGACCAUGCCGGCGGCCAUGUUCAGACUUCUAACUGGACAGGAGACACCUUUGUACAUAUGAACGAUGGCCAGGGGCCGGUCCACAGGACGCACGGCCCGCUCUGAUUGGUCGGUUACCUCACGGGGCGAACCAAGCUGACCACUGACUUGGGGGAGGACAGCUUCUCCCUGUCAAUGCAUAUCUCUUUUUUCUUUUUGUUAGAGAUGAAUUCUUUAAUUCUUUAUCAUCUCGUCCUUGUCUGUACUUAACAUGCAACAGCCAUUUUAUUGACACAAGAUGCUUUCUCCAUCUGACCAGCUGAAGAGACUGCGUGUGUGUGUGUGUGUGUGUAGGUGUGUGUGUGUGUAAUUUAUUUGUCCUGUCAGUGCUUUUCCGUGUCACUUCUGUGAGACCGUGUGGACAGACUUAUCGAGCGAAUGCGUCAAUUUAUUUUUUAUACUCAUGUAAUGCAAUAUGAUACUUCUCCUAUACGUCUUGUAUAGUUUCAUUUUCUUCUCUAUUUAUUUCUUGUGUAAAUACAUAUUUUGCUAUUAUUGCGGUGAAGCGGGUGGGGGGUGGGCAGGAGCCACAUUUGCAUUGUAAAUAUUAAUUGGAUCUUGCUGUUAAAAUGGUCUGUGAUGAUGGCAAAGACACAAUUGAAUGCCUGAUGUCAUAGUUGCCAUUGAAUAAGUGAACGAGUUAAGUGUCUGAAAUGUUGGGUUUAAGAUAUGCUACGUGCAUACAAUGUACAUGUGAAUCAAACCAAUGCCGCAGGGGUUUACGGGAGAAACGCCAUAUCUUUUUGAUUUUCAUCAUGUUACGGCAAUACAAAAGUUCAAUCUCUGGAGUCUUUUAUAAAAUCUCAUCUACAAACACACAUCUAAAUAGAACGAAACACAAAGUAAAACGAUUAACAUGCAUCGACUAUGCUUUUGAUAUCAAUGUACGAAAAUGAAGUUUCUUUGUGUGCUACUCUACUGUUAUGUUCAUCUUUAGUGUUCCUGACUGAAGCUCGUGCAUACUAUGAGUGGAUCGUGAAUGUAACUGUGUUGUGUGAGCUGUCCCAUUGCCAUAAGCAGUAUUAGAAUGUCUGUACAUAAUGAGAAACGUGUCUAGUAUUGUGCUCAUGCUAUAAAACAAAACAAAACAAAAAACACAGGUUUAGUCACAGCAAACAACUCCCCAACUGUAUGUUGACUUUGAGUCUUGAGAAGGAAAGAGAGAACUGUGAAUCACACACUGUGACAGAAACAAUGCAUUGUAGUAAAUCUUAACCACAUGAGCGUCAUCUGUGUGCAUGCUUCGUAAAGUACUUUCAUGUCAUCGUGGCAAGCAAAUAAAAUCUGAGCUAAACCCG